AUGCGGAUGGUUGAGUGCUUGGGGAGAAAAAAUACUGCUCUGUCCACCUACUUGCAAAUUUUACAAGAUACUGGAAACAUAAUUCAAAAGACGCCCCUGGAACCUGUUUUUGAGGAUUACAUCAGAAACCUGCAAAAGCAAAUUGAGCAUAUGAAAAGCCAGAAAGGACAGCUGCAGUCUGCGCUUCGGUGCUUGGAGUUCAAUGUUGAAGACUACAGAGAAAACAAGAAAGAUUGUGGGCACAGUGGCACCCAUCUUUACUUGGCUGGCCUGGGCAUGGAUGUGGACUUUGCCUACCUAUGUAAAACUCAGUUGGAAGCCGAAGUGGAAGCCCUGCAGAGCCAAAUUGCCUUCUUCAUGGAGGUACUUGAGCAGGAGCAAAACCAGAUGCAGUCCAUUGCACAGCACACUUCUGUCAUCAUCUCGAUGGACAACAGCCGAGAGCUGAAUGCCGACCACAUUAUAGCAGAAUAUGAAUGCCACUAUUACCAACUUGCCCAGGAAGCCAAAGCUAAGGUGGAGGCUGAGCUUCAGCAAAAGGGAGAUGCUCUGCACGAGGUCAAGCAAGAAAGCAAUCAGCUGCUCCAUCAGGUCCAGAGAGUUCGGCCUGAGAUCGAUUACAUGAAGAAGCAGGUUGCAAGACUACAAGUGGCCAUUUGUGAAGCAAAGCAGAGAGGUGAACGUGCCCUUGAGGAUGCUCAGGAAAAACUGGACAGGCUUAAGGUAGCCCUGCUAACAGAGAAGAAAGAGCUGGCUUACAUACUGAAAGAGCAUCAGGAGUUGAUGAAUAUUAAACUGACCAUGGAUAUGGAGAUUACAGUGUACCAGAAACUUCUGGAAGGAGAGGAAAGGUCCCUUGCCUCGUUUGCCCAGACAGCAAUUGAAUUCUAUGUGGCCAUUGAUGGCCUAGGUGACUUUGGAGAUGGCAUUGCAGCUACACCAUUUAACACCAUAGAUGCUUAUCAGCAAAAAUCUCAUGGCUUCAAUCUUCAUGCUACCAUGAGUCGGCAGGUGAACGCCAGGCCUUUGGGAGGAAGAAGGGGAUUCAGCGCUAGCUCUGCUGUCGUUUUCGGAGGGGCCAGGAGCAGUGCAUUCCCUCCAAGCCGAAGGCGCACGGGAGGAGCAAGCGGAAACUGUGGCUUUGGCAGCAGAAGCCUUUACAAUCUUGGGGGUAUGAAAAGUAUUUCCCAGAGUGUGGUUGCAGGAAGUACCCGACGUGGAGGUGGACUUGGCGGCAGCAGUGGGUUUUGCUAUGGUGGAUUUGCCGCUGGUGGGUAUAUCAUUGGCAACUUUGGCAAUGGAAGAAAUAGUCCCAGCUUUCUUUGUUGUCCACCGGGGGGAAUCCAAGAAGUGACCAUUAACCCCAGCCUUCUGGCACCCCUUAACAUGGAAAUUGAUCCUGAAAUCCAGAAAGUGCGGAAAGAAGAAAAGGAGCAAAUCAAGAACCUCAAUGACAAAUUUGCUUCCUUUAUUGACAAGGUUCGAUUCCUGGAGCAGCAGAACAAAGUCCUGGAGACCAAAUGGAACCUCUUGCAACAACACCCCAUCUCCCAAAUGAAGAACAACAUCGAACCUCUCUUUGAGAUCUACAUCAACAGUGUUCGGAAGCACCUGGACUCCCUAUGCAGUGAAAAGGGAAGGCUGAGUUCUGAGCUGAAGAACAUGCAAGACUUAGUGGAAGAUUUUAAGCACAGGUAUGAAGAAGAAAUUAACAGGCGCACAACUGCUGAGAAUGAAUUUGUAUUGGUGAAAAAGGAUGUGGAUGCUGCCUAUAUGAACAAGGUGGAGCUGGAGGCCAGGGUAGCAUCUCUCACUGAUGAACACAACUUCUUGAGAUGCCUCUACGAUGCGGAGCUGGACCAGAUGCGAGGACAGAUAAAUGAUACCAGCAUCAUCCUUUCCAUGGAUAACAAUCGGGACUUGGAUCUGGAUAGCAUCAUUGCAGAAGUGAAGGCUCAGUAUGAAGAGAUGGCAAGCAGGAGCCGAGCUGAGGUUGAUGCUAUGUAUCAGAGCAAGUUUCAGGAACUUCAGCUCACAGCUGGGAAGCAUGACGAUGCCUUGAAGAACUCCAAGGUGGAGAUUUCUGAGCUGAACAGACUCAUCCACAGACUGAGAGGAGAAACAGAAAACGUAAAGAAACAGUGUGUUCAUCUUCAGUCAGCCAUUGCUGAGGCUGAAGACCGUGGAGAGACUGCCAUCAAGGAUGCGAAGGAAAAACUGGUGGGUCUGGAGAAUGCCACCCAGAAAUCCAAGGAAGAACUGGCUCGACUUCUGCGUGAUUAUCAGGAACUCCUGAAUCUUAAAUUAGCCCUGGACAUUGAGAUUGCCACCUAUAGGACACUCCUGGAAGGGGAGGAAUUCAGGAUGUCUGGAGAAUGUACUAGUGCUGUAAAUAUAUCUGUAGUCAGCAACAACAGCCCGGCAGGUGGGAGCGGCCCAGGCUAUGAAGGUAGCGCCUGGGUGCCGGUGAAGGAACCGGUGUUGCGGUCGGUGCGGGGAGCUCUGGGUCCGGUUGUGCUGGGGGGCUCGGCUGCUGUUGUGCAAGUGGCUGUGUUAGUGGCUUGGCUGCUUCCGGGACCUGUCCUUCCUCCUCGCUCGGGGCCUCUGCCGUUUGGCUGUGGUCAGGCGGCGACGCCUCCUCUAGGCCCCCGUCUUCCGGAUGCGGCGCUGGGGCUGUGUCCGUUCCCACUGGGGGCAGCCGCCGCCGAAGCUGAUCGAUGUGCCUCUCCAGCCGCCGCCCGUCCUCUGUCGUCACCUCGUACGAGACCGGGCCCUUGA